AUGCAUUCGGUCCGAAGACAGGUGACCUUCGCCCAGCAACAUGGCCUUUUUCGAGCUGCAACUGCGUUAACGGUGAUCUACAACCUACUAAAGGCCAACUGUAGCAGCAAGGACAAGGUACACUCAACCUACGAGUCUUUGCCACAAGUGUACGGUGUGGAAUUCUUUGUCAGCCAUUCGUGGUCUUGUGCCCCCUGGAUGAAAGCCUUGAUCAUUUCGCACUUCUUGAACUUUGACAUGGCUUUGACAUCCUCUUUCUUCGCGUGCCUGUUGGCAGUUCUUUGUCUUUUGCUUCGGGCCGGCAGUUUGACGGGGAUUGCUGAGCAGCCUCUCUGGUUGCUGAAUGUAUCGAUCGUGGCUUGGCCCCUUUUGGUCUUCCUGGCUGUUUAUUUCCUGGGACAUCUUUGGGACAGCCGAUCCUUCUGGUUUGAUCGAAUAUGCGUGGACCAGCAAAAUGCAAGUCUGAAGCUCCAGACGAUCCAAGCAAUUCCGGGCUUUGUGGCGCAAUCAAAGAAGAUGCUCGUGUUGUGGGACGACACCUACUUCGAGAGGUUAUGGUGCAACUAUGAACUGGCAAUCCAUGUGAAGACCGCAGCAUCGCCCAGGGCAACAAAAAUAGUACCUUUGUGGAUGCCGUUUUGGACAUUGUUCUGGAUCUGCGCUGACACCUUGGUGGCCCUGCUCUCAGCUUCCGAGGAGGCAGGAUGGUCGCUCUAUGUUUUCUUCGGUUUCCUCUACGCGGCUUUCUGUUUGCACAAGCUGCAAGGGCACAAACGCAUGUUGGAUCAGAUGUCGGCCUUCGACCUUCGAAAUGCCAAAUGCACGUUCGAGGAAGACCGUGCUGUCAUCGAGGAGCUUGUUUUGAACUUGUUUGACGAGGCAUUGGAGCCCCCCAUCAGGGUCGCCUUUGAUGCGCCUGACGCCGAGGAUGGAACUGUGGAGGAAGCCGGUGAACCCCUUAUUUCCUUGGAAAGCUUGCGUGCCAUACGGCAUGUCACAAGUUAUCCCAGCCCCGAUGCGAUCAUUGGUCAGUUCAAUGAUUAUGUCAGAGGCCCUCUGCGCCAGAAUCUGGUUGCAUUUCUGGGAACGGAGGACUACAUCUCCCCGAAGAUGUGCAUCGUUGCAACGUUGCCCAUUUGGUUUCAAUCCUUGAUGUGCGUUCUGAGCUGCGAUGGUGCUAGCUGUGAGAAAUCAGCAUCAGAUGGGGGGUAUGCUUCAAUCUACCAGUAUAUGAUCACAAACGCAGUGCUCCAGCUGCCCUUGUUGCCCUUUGGGCUUCUCAUAGUUUAUCCAUUGCUACUGCGCGCCAACCAAGUGGUUGCUGCAGCGUUGCGCUGUGGUGUUGCCAGCGCCUAUGGAACAUGGUUGCUGGUAAGAAUCGUUGUUGGAACAUGCGUGAGUGCAUUGAUCAUCUGGUGCAAUGAUCACCUACAGCUUGCUCUUCGUAAGAUGCUGUUUUUCAGCACGACGUCCUCCAUGUAUUUGGCAGUUGCAGCUUACGUCUUUCAGUGUUUCUUCAUGUGCCUCCUGUUCCGUAGGAAAGGAUCGUCAUGA